UAAGGGUAAAGAGGUGAUGGACAUUGUCUCCCUGGGAGCUGAGGGUAAGGAGGUGAUGGACAUUGUCUCCCUGGGAGCUGAGGGUAAGGAAAUGAUGAAUAUUGUCUCCCUGGGAGCUGAGGGUAAGGAGGUGAUGGACAUUGUCUCCCUGGGAGCUGAGGGUAAGGAGGUGAUGGACAUUGUCUCCCUGGGAGCUGAGGGUAAGGAGGUGAUGGACAUUGUCUCCCUGGGAGCUGAGGGUAAGGAGGUGAUGGACAUUGUCUCCCUGGGAGCUGAGGGUAAGGAAAUGAUGGAUAUUGUCUCCCUGGGGGCUGAGGGUAAGGAGGUGAUGAACAUUGUCUCCCUGGGAGCUGAGGGUAAGGAGGUGAUGGACAUUGUCUCCCUGGGAGCUGAGGGUAAGGAAAUGAUGGAUAUUGUCUCCCUGGGGGCUGAGGGUAAGGAGGUGAUGAACAUUGUCUCCCUGGGAGCUGAGGGUAAGGAGGUGAUGGACACUGUCUCCCUGGGAGUUAAAGGUAAGGAGGUGAUGGACAUUGUCUCCCUGGGAGCUGAGGGUAAGGAGGUGAUGGACAUUGUCUCCCUGGGAGCUGAGGGUAAGGAGGUGAUGGACACUGUCUCCCUGGGAGUUAAAGGUAAGGAGGUGAUGGACAUUGUCUCCCUGGGAGCUGAGGGUAAGGAGGUGAUGGACAUUGUCUCCCUGGGAGCUGAAGGUAAGGAGGUGAUGGACACUGUCUCCCUGGGAGCUGAGGGUAAGGAGGUGAUGGACAUUGUCUCCCUGGGAGCUGAGGGUAAGGAGGUGAUGGACAUUGUCUCCCUGGGAGCUGAGGGUAAGGAGGUGAUGGACAUUGUCUCCCUGGGAGCUGAGGGUAAGGAGGUGAUGGACAUUGUCUCCCUGGGAGCUGAGGGUAAGGAGGUGAUGGACACUGUCUCCCUGGGAGCUAAAGGUAAGGAGGUGAUGAACAUUGUCUCCCUGGGAGCUGAGGGUAAGGAAAUGAUGGAUAUUGUCUCCCUGGGAGCUGAGGGUAAGGAGGUGAUGGACAUUGUCUCCCUGGGAGCUGAGGGUAUAGAGAUGGUGAACACUGGCUCCUUGGGAGCUGGGUUAAAAGGGUAAUGGGCCUAGGCAGAAGGAAGAAGCAAACGAGUCCCAGCCAGCCGGAGAAUUUAGGAUUUCUGUGCCUUCCUCCAGAUUCAGAGAGGGCCUGUUCCCCCCAAAGGCAGCCCUUUCUUGAUUCUGAAAAGUGCCCACCACCAGGUAUUUGGGAUGAAGCCCAUCCCAAUCCCCAGAUGCCUUAAGUGUGGACAGGCCCAACGGCGUCACAUCACGGCUGCUCCCGGAUGCGCAGGAGAGGAAAUGUCUGCAGAGAGUUCUAGGUGGGAAUUUUGUGCAUUACUUGAAGCAGCGUAUUUUCUUCUCUCCUCAAACCCCUCCCCCCAUUUUUCUUUGCGGUUUAAUUAGUAUUUCCAAGUGGUGUAAUCCCUCUGGGAACAGUCAUAAAAUCCAGGAGAGAAUCACUGCUAACAAUGGUUCUUAAUUAGGAAGUGCUUCACUCCAGACUGCAGUAUGCGUGUGUGGAAGGGUGGAAGGAUAUCUGCAACAGGGGGAUGACUGAGGGGGGCGGGAAGGUGGGUCCCCAGCCCAAAUAGGCAGGCAGUUGCCCAGAGACAGCAGGGCUUCUGGGAAGGGCUGGAUGAAGCUUGAGCCUGGAGGGAGUGUGUUGGAGAGCCCACUCAGCAGGGCCUUUUAUCACAGCUGUCAUUUGAAGGCCAAUUCCCAAUUUUCCCUUGCCUCUGCUCUCUCAGUUUGUCGCACACCAACGUUUUCACUUGUGGGUUUUUUGCACAGCUAGGAGCUGAAAGUCAAGGUUUCUGGGACAUGAUUAGUGACUCCAGGAGAGCUUUCUUUUAGACCUACCAGGAAUCUAGAGGUCAACAAGACCCAUCCCCUUGACAGAUGGGGAAGGGAUUUAUUUGUGGGAGCCUGUCCUGUGUGAUUCAAUCUGAUCGUCUGCAGAAUGGGAAUAAUGAUUUCCUCACGUUCCCUACCUCAUGGGUUCAUUAUGAGAGAAAGCACAUUGUGAAUCUGAUAAGUGGAACUAGAAUUACA